UCUUUUUUAUUUGAAAGAGUUUUUUUUUUUCCUUUUUUGGUGGAAUAGCAACACGAGAGAAGGACAUCGUGCAUCGUACUAAUUUUAUCUUCGAGCCUCUCUAGGGAUUAUAAUUCGGCUAUGCCAUUUCAGAUUAGCAUUUCACGGAAGAAAAUAGCGUGGAAAAUUUCUCCCUGCUUAUCAUUAUGAUAAAUUAUAAAGAGAGAAAAAAAGUAAGUACGCGGUUGAUUACUGCCUCCUUUCACAUCCUGCUCCAUCCUGCAAUUUAUGGGAAUACUAAACAGUGCUACUUAUGUGUGACAUUGACUGUUUAAAAGACUUCCUGAAAUUUAUUCGAUUAGAAAAAAAUCAAAGAAUCAAACAACAGCAUCCUGAAACUAUGCAUACUCUGUGUGCAUAUAGUAGGUCUAAAUAAUUAAGUAUAAAGCAUUUGGCUUAGCUUGUGUGAUAGGCAAACAUUCAGCCAGACAGAAUAUUUAUAUAUACAUUUGUAUAUAUACGUUCUUUGAUUCAUGAUUAUGUACUCCAUGACUGUUAGGUUCUAUCUUUGCAUAAACCAGGAGUGCAACUAAAGCAGGUGGUGACUAGCCAUGAGAUUAUCCAUGGGGAAGGCUGCUAGCUAACCCCACUGUCUCUAAUCAUCUGAGAGUCAUUGAUUGCACUGCCUGUUAAAGCCCCGUUCCGCCCACCUCCCCACCCCUGUCAAAAUGGUGCCACCCCCACCCGCUAACAAGCCCCACGUGUGCCUGUCCACCAUCCUCAUCAUGAGCAGCAUGGCGCUGAUGGACGCCUACCUGGUGGAGCAGAACCAGGGUCCACGCAAGAUCGGCAUCUGCAUCAUGGUGAUGGUGGGGGACAUCUGCUUCCUCAUCAUUCUGCGCUACGUGGCCGUGUGGGUGGGCGCCGAGGUGCGCACGGCUAAGCGCGGCUACGCCAUGAUCCUCUGGUUCCUCUAUAUCUUUGUGCUGGAGAUCAAGGUCUACUUCAUCUACCAGAACUACAAGGCGGACCGCUCCAGCCUGGACACCAUCGCCCGCAAGGCCCUCACGCUGCUGCUUUCCAUCUGCGUGCCCGUGCUCUUCGUCAUCCUGGUGGCCAUCGACCACAUGGAGUACGUGCGCGCCUUCAAGAAGAGGGAGGAGAUCCGCAACCGGCUGUUCUGGGUGGUGGUGGACCUCCUGGACAUCCUGGACAUCCAGGCUAACCUGUGGGAGCCACAGAAGAAAGGGCUCCCCCUGUGGGCGGAGGGCCUGAUGUUCUUCUACUGCUACAUCCUGCUGCUGAUUCUGCCCUGUGUGUCCCUGAGCGAGAUCAGCAUGCAGGGCAUCAACAUCGUCCCCCACAAGAUGAUGCUCUACCCCAUCCUCAGCCUGGUCACCAUCAACAUCAUCACCCUGUUCAUCAGGGGCGGCAACAUGAUCUUCUACAAGGACAUGAGGGUCUCCGGGAUCCUGAUGGGCAAGAACAUCAUAGCCAUAAUCCUUAAGACCUGCAGCUUUGUGCAGUACAGGAGACAGUUGCAAAGCACGCCCCCUGCCUUCGGGAUUGAGCUGCAGAAAAACUCCGUCCCACAUGCCCAGCCGAUGCCCACGCCUCCCCAGGUGGUCAUCCAGGACUUGACGGCUCUACCUGAGGUGACUGCGUGCGAGCACACGUAACCCAGGGAUUGACAGGACCCUAUGAAAGAUGGGAUGUCCAUGUUUAGUGAAUGCAGGCAAGUGAUUGCUUGAGCCCAUAGUGACAGUGUUUGUC